AUGAAUUUCUCACACCAUCACAGCAUGCAUUAUUCUCUGCACUUUCGAAACCAUAGUUAUGGGAUUUACUCUGGACACAAGGAGACUCAGAAUAAGGGCUAUUAUUAUUCUGUGGGGUGUUAUGAACAACUCUAUGUUUUACCCGAAGUAUUUGUAAUCCUUGGAAUCAUAAGCUUGCUGGAGAAUAUUUUUGUUAUAACCGCGAUAUGCAGAAACAAGAACUUGCAUUCUCCUAUGUAUCUGUUCAUCUGUAGUUUAGCAGUGGCUGACAUGCUCAUAAGUGUCUCCAAUGGCUUUGAGACUGUACUAAUCACGCUGUUUAAUACCAUUGAUAAGGAGGCACAUUAUUUAAUUUUGAAUAUUGAUAACACCUUGGAUUCAGUGAUCUGCAGUUCCUUGCUUGCUUCAAUUUGCAGCCUUCUAUCUAUUGCUGUAGACAGGUACUUUACUAUAUUCUAUGCACUCCACUAUCAUAAUAUAAUUACAGUGAGAAGAGCAGUGGCUAUAAUCGCUUGCAUCUGGAGUGCCUGUUCCAUCUCGGGUGCCUUGUUUAUUAUUUACUAUCACAGCAAUGUUGUAAUCAUAUGUCUUAUCAGCAUUAUCUUCACUAUGCUGGCACUCAUGGCUUCCCUCUAUGUUCACAUGUUCAUGCUGGCCAGACUGCAUUUGAAAAGGAUAGCAGUAUUGUCUGUGACCAACACAAUUCGACAAGGCACCAACAUGAAAGGGGCAAUUACAUUGACUAUUUUACUUGGAGUGUUUGUUGUGUGCUGGGCUCCAUUCUUCAUGCACCUUAUUUUUUACGUAUCUUGCCCACAGAACCCAUAUUGUGUCUGCUUCAUGUCACACUUCAAUAUAUAUCUUGUUCUUAUCAUGUGUAACUCUGUUAUUGAUCCACUUAUAUAUGCUCUACGUAGUCAAGAGCUGAGAAAAACCUUCAAGGAAAUGGUAUGUUGUUAUUCCAUGGGAGGAAACUGUGGAAUAACUACUACUUAUUAACGGCACAUCUCAUAGUGUCUCUGCAAUUGAUUUCUAUAUAAACUAUGUAAAUGUUUAUAUCAUUAAUGUCUGCUUAUUCAGAAACCACUUUGUACAAUGACUAAAUGCAAGGCAGAAAUAAAUGUUAACAUUGCAUAUUUCAAGUAAUAAAGCAUGCUGCUAGAAAGGGAUUGGGAUGUAUUACAUUUCAGUCAAUUAGCAAACUUAUUGUUAGUUUAAAAAUUACUCAACAAAAUGUU